AUGGUCAUCAGGGCUGGCCAAUGUGGGCCCAGGCCUGUGCACAGGCUCCUAUAAGAGGGGGUCGUAUGGCAGAAGCCUUUUCACAAUACUGCAAGGUCACCACCUUCAGCAGCCAGGUCCUUCUCUCCCCGCACUCUCUCAGACCAUCAUGGACAUCUUCUCUCCAAGCCAGGCCUUCUACGACGGGGCCCGCGCCCCCUCGCCCGAGACGCUGGAGUUCGGCCCCUCGGCAGAGCUGGCUGGAUCGGAGGAAGACGAGCACGUCCGUGCGCCCGACGGCCUCCACCAGCCGGGCCACUGCCUGCAGUGGGCAUGCAAAGCAUGCAAACGCAAAGCCAGCACCGUGGACAGGCGGCGGGCGGCCACCAUGCGGGAGAGGCGCAGGCUGAAGAAGGUGAACCAUGCCUUCGAGGCCCUCCGCCGCUGCUCCUCAGCCAACCCCAGCCAGCGGCUGCCGAAGGUCGAGAUCCUGAGGAACGCCAUCCAGUAUAUCGAGAGCCUGCAGGAGCUUCUGAGGGAGCACGUGGAGAGCUACUAUGGUUUGCCUGCAGAGAGCAGCUCUGAACCGGCCAGCCCCUCGUCCACCUGCUCAGACAGCAUGACAGACUGCAGCAGCCCUGUCUGGUCCCAGAUGAGCGUAAAUCCAAGCGGCACGUACGGCUAUGAAGGCCAGAGUGUGAGCUGUGUGGACAGAGCUCCUGGAGCAUCCAGCCUGCAGUGUUUGUCCAGCAUCGUAGACAGGCUGUCCUCGGUGGACUCUGCAGUUGCUGUGAACAUAGAGGCCCUCUCCCCAACCCACAGCAACUCCCAGUCUAGCACUCCAGACAGCCCCAGAAGCAGACUGGUCUACUAUGUUCUGUGAGUGAGGAGUGAGGUCCUUUGGAUGGCAUGUGAUUCUAACUCUGGCCUUAAAAUCACCCUCUGAAUACAGAAUGUUGACAUUUACACACAUUAUUUACACAUUGCAAUUAUCCUGCAGAGAACCUUGUAUGUAGAAAAUCUACAUAGAUGGCUUUCUUGACACUCCUUACCUUGACUUCACUAUGUCAUUAUCUUUUCCUUGCACAACGAUAACUCUGAGUAAAAUUGUAAUUGAAGGGAUGCCAUAGAGACAGGACUCUGAACUUUGCCCUAUAUAGGACAUUAUUGAAAAUCAGCUGUCUGUGCCUCCAACAUCUUUGUACUGUAAAUAAGCUUGUACAUACUGUAUGUAUUUUACAAAUUACCAUGACUGUAUUCGUUUAAUGUCCUUGUACCAUAUUUAAAUUCUUUUCUUUUUCCUUUCUUUUUUCCAAAAAGGCUGUGACUUAAGUGGGUAAUCAAAGAGUUGUAUUUAAUAAUCAAAUUCAAUGAAGAAUUAAAGAAAAUUCUGGUGUUUUUAAAAAAAAAUACUCUU